AUGGACUUCCAUUUAAACAGGCAGAUUACCUCGUCUGAUCCUAGUCGUGAUCAGCUAUGGCACUCCGACGAAAUUCGAUAUAAAUGCCAUCAGCAUAACCCGGCAGCGAAAAUUCAUCCCUUGGUCAUGCUGCGCGACUCUGAUCCCCGUCCUCGUUUUCCGGUCGAGAUAUUCGACCUCUUUAUCGACGUACUAGCCGCGUACGACAGAACGGAUUUAGACACCGCCAUCGCAGCACUCAGGAACUGCAGUCUCGUCUCCCGUUCAUUUGCUCACCGGGCCCGAACACACCUCUUCCGUGUCGUCGAAUUGGGUGGCUACGCGGACAACUCCAUUGAUCGAGCAUUCGGCCUCUACCAUCUCCUGGGGUGGACUUCAAGCACUCCUGGGGCCAUUGGAAAUAUUACACCCCUGGUCAAGGAUUUAUUCUUCGACUAUGAGGACGCACCCAAGUCCCCGCGUUUGGAGGCAGUCGUAGCCUCGAUACUUCAACUUCUGAACGAUUCGGGACAAGGGAUUACUGAUUUUACGAUCGCGCACGACGGUAAUUGGUCUGAUCUAGGAGCGGAGCUCAAGAGCGAGUUAUGCAGGCUCAUACGCUCUCCGGGUAUGAGAUAUCUACACCUGCGCGGGCUCGAAGGUGUUCCUAAAACACUGCUUCUGGGAACUGGAAUCGAAUCUCUAAUUCUGGAGCAAAUAACAUGCUCUGAGACACCAGAGGCCAUCAAUUCUAUCUCGGACGAUCCACUUCAGGGAAAUCAGAGCUAUCCUCGGCUUGCUAGACUUAGACUAGAUCAAGUCAAUCAACGCGCCACAGGACUUUUGGGCAACUCUGAUUCCAUGGCUCGUGGAACAAACCACUCGGCACUUACCGCACUCCACGAGCUUUCUAUUACCGUGUUCAACCAGGCAGACUGCGACGCUUUGGCUCAAUUAUUGAUGCACACGGAGGAAACUCUCGGGGACCUUAGAAUUCUAAUGGGCUUUGUCUCGUUCCACUCUGUCAUUGACCUCCGUCGGAUGAAACGACUUAAUGUCGUCCACGUUGGCCCGGUCGACAUCGGUCUGGAUCUCAGACAAGCACUUCUCUACUUCGAGCUCCUUCUAGGGAUCGUCAUGGUGCCAGAUACCUUGGAGUCCUUGAACCUAGGUUUUCUUGUCGAUAUAACAUUGGACGAGUGGGUUGGAGACCAAGCCGGUACAUUGGCAUCCUUUCUCGAAACCUUGUCCGAGCCCCCCGAAAGCAAUGUGUGGAGGCCUCUUAACGACAUCUUCUGGACGAGGUUUUCCAAAGUCGCACAAGUUGAUAUCAGCCUCGGUUUCCAUCAGGACACGUCGCAGACGCCCGUGGUGAACCUGCAAUUCAUCAGACGCGCAGAAGAGCUCAUUAGGAUGGCACUGCCUUUUUUCUCUGGAAAGGCUGGAAGUGUGCCGGCGCUGAAGGUCGAUGUAGCGCCUCAUUGA